AGGCAAAGAAAGAAAAAACAAAAGCAGAGCAAUGGACUCUGUUUCUUCUUCUUCCUUCAUCUCCUCCACAUUCUCUCUUCACCACUCUCUUCUUCGCCGCCGAUCUCCCUCUUCUAAUCUCCUCCGUAUCAACUCCGCCGUCGUGGAAGAACGUUCUUCAGUCACAAAUCCAAGCGACAACAAUGACCGUCGUAGCAAACCUAAAAACCUCCACAACCGAACCAAUCACACCGCAGUCUCAUCUCCGGCGAAACCCCGGCCAGAAAUGACUCUCGCAACAGCUCUCUUCACCACCGUCGAAGAUGUAAUCAACACGUUCAUCGAUCCACCGUCACGUCCUUCCGUCGAUCCAAAACACGUUCUCUCCGAUAACUUCGCUCCUGUUCUCGACGAGCUUCCUCCAACAGACUGUGAAAUCAUCCACGGUUCUCUUCCGCCGUCACUUAACGGUGCUUACAUCCGUAACGGUCCAAAUCCACAGUUUCUCCCUCGAGGUCCUUACCAUCUCUUUGACGGCGACGGUAUGCUUCACGCGAUUCGUAUCCACAAUGGUAAAGCCACUCUAUGUAGCAGAUACGUCAAGACUUAUAAGUACAACGUCGAGAAACAAACCGGAGCUCCGGUUAUGCCUAACGUGUUUUCCGGAUUUAACGGUGUAACGGCGUCUGUAGCUCGUGGAGCUUUAACAGCGGUUCGCGUUUUAACCGGACAGUAUAAUCCGGUUAACGGCAUUGGUUUAGCGAAUACGAGUCUAGCUUACUUCUGUAACCGUCUCUUCGCUUUAGGUGAAUCUGAUUUACCCUACGCCGUCCGAUUAACUGAUAACGGAGAUAUUGAAACGAUCGGACGGUACGAUUUCGACGGGAAAUUAGCGAUGAGUAUGACAGCUCAUCCUAAAACCGAUCCAAUAACCGGAGAGACUUUCGCUUUCCGGUACGGUCCGGUUCCACCGUUUUUAACGUUUUUCCGGUUUGAUUCCACCGGGAAAAAACAAAGAGACGUUCCGAUAUUCUCGAUGACGUCUCCGUCGUUUCUCCACGACUUCGCGAUCACGAAACGUCACGCGAUUUUCGCAGAGAUUCAGAUUGGGAUGAGGAUGAAUCCGAUGGAUUUGAUGUUUGAAGGUGGUUCUCCGGUUGGUACUGAUAACGGAAAAACACCGAGGCUUGGAGUGAUUCCAAAGUACGCCGGAGAUGAAUCGGAGAUGAAAUGGUUCGAAGUUCCUGGGUUUAAUAUCAUUCACGCCAUUAAUGCUUGGGAUGAAGACGAUGGAAACUCCGUCGUUUUGAUCGCUCCGAAUAUUAUGUCGAUUGAACAUACUUUAGAGAGGAUGGAUUUGGUUCACGCUUUGGUGGAGAAGGUGAAGAUCGAUCUCGUCACCGGAAUUGUGACACGUCAUCCGAUUUCAGCGAGGAAUCUCGAUUUCGCUGUGAUUAAUCCGGCGUUUCUCGGGAGACAGAGCAGGUACGUUUACGCCGGGAUUGGAGAUCCGAUGCCGAAAAUCUCCGGAGUGGCGAAGCUCGAUGUGUCUAAAGGCGAUCGGGAUGAUUGUACGGUGGCGCGUAGAAUGUACGGUAAAGGUUGUUACGGUGGUGAACCGUUUUUCGUAGCAAAGGAUCCUGGGAAUCCGGAGGCGGAGGAGGAUGAUGGUUACGUGGUGACGUAUGUUCAUGAUGAAGUGACUGGAGAAUCGAAGUUUCUGGUGAUGGACGCAAAAUCGCCGGAGCUUGAAAUCGUCGCCGCCGUGAGGUUACCGCGAAGGGUUCCGUACGGAUUCCAUGGGUUAUUUGUGAAGGAGAGUGACCUCAAUAAGCUUUAACUAUAGUGGAAUCAAAGCAAACGAGUGGC